ACGCACACACACCCCUUUGACGGCGUAGCUAGUAAUAGUCAUAACACAUUACAAAACCCACACGUGCCUUUGACCUUUAUAAACACUUCAACACUUCGCACUACUACGUAAAUAAAUUCUCAAGCUCUUUCGCUCUCUUGCUAACAAAAGCCCUAAUCUCUUUAUUCUGUUCCCACUUCCGCAACAAACCCUUGCCUUGCCGUCUUCAAUUCUUCUUCCAAGAUGCCCGCUGGGCGGUAUAUUUCGUCUAUAAACACAUUAGAUCAAAAGUUACAGAUUCAGAGGAGGCUUGGUGGUUUGAAAUCGUGCAAGUACUUUAAUCUUCUCACGAGUUAUCUCGAGAUGAAGAUUGCUAAACCUGAUUUUGACAGGCUUUGUAUAGCGAUUAUUGGGAGAGAUAAUGUACCUCUUCAUAAUCAUUUCCUCAAGUCAAUUUUGAAGAAAGCUUGUUUGUCCAAGGCAGCUCCGCCAAGACCGAGCGUAGCAGAAGGUCCUUUGAAAGUGAAAGUGCCUAAUGGAUGUAACGGGCUUCCGCCUCUAGGCAAGAACUCUCGAAAAUGUAGGACUCCAAAUUCGCGUGAACGCAGAUUUAGAGACCGUUCUAGCCCUCUUGGUCCUCAUGGGAAGAACGGUGGCGUUGGAUUUGAGAAUUCAACUCCUAAAAAUCCAGAGCACCAAAUGAAUAUCGAUAUACAUCCUGUAGGAAAUAGCCUUCAUGUGAUUGAAGAACAUAGGGAAGAGGUUAAUCCUGAUUCUGACAGACUGGCCAAUAAUAGAAGUACUCCUAUACGAGCACCUCUUGUUCCUCAUGGGAAUAACAACAGCAUUGGAUUUGAGAAUUCAACUCCUAAAUCUCAAGAGCACCAGAUGGAUACAGAUCUACAUCCUGUAAGAAACGGGUUUCAUGUGUCUGUGGAACUUAGGGAUGAGGUUAAUCGGGAUUCUGAAGGGUUGGCCAUGAAUAGAAGGACUCCUAUGCGAGCACCUCUUGGUCCUCAUGUGAUGAACAACAGAACUGAAUUUGAGAAUUCAACUCCUAAAUUUGAAGAGCACCAGAUGGAUACUGAUCUACAUCCUACAGGAAAUGGAUUUCAUCUGUCUGUGCAACAUAGGGAAGAGGUUAAUCGGGAUUCUGAAAGGUUGGCCAUUAAUAGAAGGACUCCUAUGCAAACACCUCUUGGUCCUCAUGGGAAGAACUACAGCAUUGUAUGUGAGAAUUCAACUCCUAAAUUUCAAGAACAUCAGGUAAAUACUGAUAUACAUCCUGUAAGAAACGGGUUUCAUGUGUCUGAGGAACACAGGGAAGUGGUUAACCGGGAUUCUGAAGGGCUGGCGAUGAAUAGAAGGACUCCCAUGCGAGCACCUCUUGAUCCUCAUGUGAUGAACAACAGCACUGGAUUUGAGAAUUCAACUCCUAAAUUUCAAGAGCACCUGAUGAAUACAGAUCUACAUCCUGUAAGAAACGGGUUUGAUGUGUCCGUGGAACAUAGAAAAGGGGUUAUUCAAGAUUCUGCAAUGAUGGCCAUGAAUAGAAGGACUCCUAUACGACCACCUCUUGGUCAUCAUGUGAUGAGCAGCACUGGAUUUGAGAAUUCAACUCCUAAAUUUCAAGAGCACCAUAUGGAUACAGAUCUACAUCCUGUAAGAAACAGGUGUCAUGUGUCUGAGGAACAAAGAAAAGAGGUUAUUCAGGAUUCUGCAAUGCUGGCCAUGAAUAGGACUCCUAUACGAGCACCUCUUGGUCUUCCUACCUAUGAUAAUAGAGCACAGAUAUUUUCACCCCAAGGAUUACAAUCUGGUAUUGUCACCGAUACCUGUCAAAGUAUUGGCCAUUUACCUGAUACAUAUUCUUUGAUGAAAAGGGUGGAGCGUAACAUGGCACCUGAGGGGUGUCACAUCUCAGCAGAUGCAGCCAAUGUAUUGAAUACUGCGCUUGAUGUUUACCUCAAAAGAUUGAUAAAACCGUGUUUGGAUUUAGCAGCUUCAGUACCUGUAAAUAAAUCUAGAAGUCAAAUCCAACCUGGAAUGAAUGAGUUGCCACGAAAUAGGCGUGUGCAAAAGCCAAUUGGAUCUGCUUUUGCAUCAUUCUCUGACUUUAGGAGGGCAAUGGAGGUGAAUCCUACCACACUAGGGGAAGAUUGGCCUCUACAUUUUGAGAGGAGUUGCAUUCUUGCAUUUGAAAAAUGAGUUCAACAAGCUCAACCUUGUAUUUAUCCAAGUUACAAAUACAAGAUUUUCUCAAAAUUCAGUCUCAAUUCUGACUGAGUUUUUACUGAUAGAUAUCACCGACAAAGAUAGAGGUGAAAAUAUAGGAAUUUUUCAAACUGGUGACCAUACCAUGUAUAGUUUUCAAUAUUGGAUAGUUUGGCUUCGGGCAUUUUACAUCAUAAAAAUGUCAACAGUUAGAGUCAAGUUUACUGAAUAGAUGUGGGAAUCACUUUUAAUGAUGUCUCUAGGAUAUCUCUUCAUUUUAUUAAGAACUUUUUGAAUAAAUCUCAUAUUCAAUCUCUCCAGGCCUAAAAUCAUGUUCUGCGGUGUUUGACUUAAGUAUCAUUUAUAGCCUUUUUUCUUUUCAUACUGUAUAUAAAAGGCACUCAUGAAUUUAUAUUUAUAAUGAUAUUGUCAUCCUGUUACUUUGUUUCAAUUACAUAUAAUCUAAUCUCCGCACAUGAUUAUAUUAUGAUCAUGCUCCUAUUUCUCCGAUUUUGUUAAUUUGCGCUUUAUGUAAAUGUCCAAAUAGCAGAGCCAGAGAAUGUAGAUAUAUGAAAUAUCCAGAAAAACUAUUUUGCCAUUAAAAUUGCAUAUUUAACCAGUAGGUUUGAACCAGAAGGUAGAUUUCUGAUUUUACUUAUGCUGCUUAGGUAUAUUUAGAUUUUGGUUAUAAGUUUGGUGUGAUUUUGUUGUUGUCAGGGAUUGAAUUUAAUGAAACAAACCGGAGAAGGAAUAUAAGUUUGGUGUGAUUCUGAUUUUAUUUGGUUGCUUUGUUUCAAGAGUAUAUAUAAUUGUACAUGUGCCUGCGAGUUUUAGUGAUUUUAGACUCUUUGUAACAAUGAUCCAUAACUGCAAGUUAUGUCUUUUGAUGAAUUUGUCAUUCAAAUAAGCAGAAUACGAAUGUUUAUCUUUUAGCC